AUGGAUUAAUCAACAAUAAUAGAUGAAUCAGAAUAGUCUUUAGAAUAAUCUAGAAGAGUUGAACCAACUGUAUCAGAUAAAAUGAAAAGAAAUGAAUCUGCAACACUCAAAUAAAAAAUAAUUAAGUAGCAAUUGUACAUGCAUUUAAGUUAAGUUUCAUUCGAGAAGUGUAACAAAGCAAACUACCACUUGAUUCUAUGCCUAACAUAGUAUAAUAAAAAAUCAGCGAAUUUGAAGAUGAAUUUUAAGAUCUAUGGAAAGAAUCUGAUGAAUAUUUAAGAGAAAAUGGAGAGGCCAUUGAAAAACUUGUAAUGAAACCACUUUGUUCAAAGUAUAUUCAUAAAUCAUUAUUAUUAGAUUAAUAUUAAUUGAUCCAGUCAAAGAUAGAGAAAUUGAAUUUUCUAUGAAAGCAUAUUCAUUUGUUUAAGCUAAACAUCUUGACAUUGAUGAAAACAUUGAAAAACAUAAAAUGUUUAAUUAAGUAAUUGAUUGUAAAAAUUGUAAAUAAUAUCUUAGUAAUAUCUAAAAUUGAUAAGGUAGAAACACCAAGAGAAAAAUUAAAUUGUAUUGUUAAUGCAGGCAAAUAAACUAGUGGUAAUAGAUAUAUAUAUAAUAAAAUAGCUAUUGUUAAUUAAAUGGCUAAUAAUUAACCAACAGGUGCUGAUAAUUUAUUACCUGUUUUAAUAUAUGCCACACUCAAGGCUUAACCAUAAAGAGCUUAUUCUAAUAUCUUAUUUGUUAGCUAUUAUAGAUCACCAAAGAGAAUUACAGGAGAAGAUGAAUAUUAUUUUACUACUUAUGAAUCGACUCUACAAUUUAUUGAAAAAUUAGAUUAUCAUAAAUUAAAUAUCAAUCAUCAAGAAUUUCAAGAACUAAGUAAAGAACGUUUAGAUAUUAUUAAAAAUUCAUAAAAUGUAAAUAUAUAUAUUCAUAUCAAUUAUAGGAAUUAACUUAAAAUGGAAUUUUUAAUAUGGAUACACACUAAAAUUAUGUCAAUCUGUAAAUGAUUAAAAUGAAAAUAUAAGAUCUACAACGUAAAUCAAAAUUUUAUGAAUAAUCAAAGAAAUAUCGAUUAAAAUUCAAUCAGAAAUAGUUAAAUGUAUAAUUAUAUAUAUUUUAUUUAGAAUAUCACUUUGAAUGAAAUACCAGAAUUUUAUGAUGAAUAUUAAAAUCUAUAUAAGAAUUUAAUUGAAAUGCAAAAGGAUAUCCAUAAUCUAUAUGAAUUAACUAAUGAAAUUAUUAAGGAAAGUUAAAGUGAAACUAAGAAAGUGGCUACUCGAAAGUUCUUUGGAAUUCUAUGA